AUGGGCCUGAGUGACUCUCUAGCCCAUAAGUUCUGCUUACUUGAUGACACAUGCAGGAGAAUAUGCACAAACAUAAUUACUUUAACAACAAUGUUUUUGGAUGUCCAGCAGUACAUACAGUACCACUGCCACUGCCACGAGGUUGGCUUCAAUGCUGAUGAAGCGCACAAUAUCGUUAAAGAGUGUAUAGAUGGGGUCUUGGGUGGUGAAGAUUAUAACCAGAACAACAUCAACCAAUGGACAGCAAACAUAGUGGAACAAUCCUUGACACAUGUGGUUAAGUUGGGAAAAGCUUAUAAAUAUAUUGUGACCUGUGCAGUGGUCCAGAGGAGUGCCUAUGGCUUUCACACAGCCAGCUUGUGUUUUUGGGAUACUACAUCUGAUGGAACCUGUACCGUGAGAUGGGAGAACCGAACCAUGAACUGUAUUGUCAAUGUUUUCACCAUUGCUAUUGUCCUGUGACAGACUAAAAAUGUUCAGCCAAAGCCAUUAACUUAA